AUGUCGUCUCCGCCAUGGGACUACAUUGCUAAACUCGUCUGCAUCGGCGACUCAGGUUGCGGCAAGUCCAGCCUUACCAUCCGCCUCUGCGAGGGCCGCUUCUCCCCGCAUCACGACGUGACCAUCGGUGUCGAGUUCGGCUCCCGUAUCGUCCCCGUGGGCCCCCCGAAUUGCCAGCCAGCCCCGCCGCCCGCGCGGCCGGCUUCUCAGAAGACCAACAACACGGAUGACUCCUCCCCCAACGGCCUCCCCGAACCUCCUCGCCUGGCCCCAGAGCCUGUCGAUCCGGAUGCCCCUCAAAAGCACAUGAAACUCAGUCUCUGGGACACGGCCGGCCAGGAGACAUACAAAUCCGUCACGCGCUCCUAUUUCCGCGGUGCCAGCGGUGCCCUCCUCGUCUUCGAUCUCUCCCGCAAGCAGACCUUCCAGCAUGUAACCGACUGGCUCAACGACCUGCGUCAAAUCGCUGAACCCGACAUUGUCGUCAUCCUUGUCGGUAAUAAGGCCGACCUGACCCAAGAGGCCGACAACAAGCGCGAAGUUACUCGCGAGGAGGCGGAGGACUGGGCCAGAAAGAACGGCGUCCUUGAAUACGUCGAGACGAGUGCCAAGAGCGGCGAGAACGUUGAAAAGGCUUUUAUGCGAGUUGCCGAGAGAAUUUAUCAGAACAUCCAAGCGGGCAAGUACGACCUCAACGACCGGCGGUCAGGUGUCAAAGGGCCUAGUGCCGGGGGGAACAAACAAGUUAGGUUAGGGGGUGAUGCGAGCAAAGGCUCGGGCGGCGGCUGCUGUUAG